AAACUGCCGUUGCCUGUAAGACAUCGUUGAGGGAUUUAGUUCCUGGCUGCAGCGUUAUUAAGGCGUCGCUAACGCUAGCUAGACAACAGACGUGUUGACGACUGGAAAACUAUUACUUUGGAUGCCAAUAUAAACGGAUAUAUGUUUUCAAGAAAACGACGUAUUGAAGAGAGAAGUAUGAGCAGUUUUAUUAGACCCGACAGACACAGGACGCCAGCGUUCACCAGGGCAACACACCUGGGAACAUCCAAGCCUGACCUGGAGAGAGACUCAGGCUUCUCAGAUGCCAGCUCUGAGUACCUCAGUACAGUCGAUCAGACUGACUCUGAAGAUACAGGAAGGACUGGGUCUGUGGUCAGCCAUGACCCAGCUGGUCCGCAGAUGGCUGUCAUGGGAGGCUCAUUCGCUGGACUGUCUCCAAUGAUCAUCAUGAACAAUUUUGUCCUAAAUCAGCCAUCUCCAAUGGCUCCAGCAGAAAAACAGUGGGGCUUUCCUUCACCCUUGGAAGUGAUGCCUCAGUCACAGGUGGUUCUUCUCCAACCAAUGGUAUCAAAUGGCAGCAGCAGCAGUACUUCUCCAAAGACUUCCUCUGAAAACACCCGACAAUCAAAAAGCUACAUGCCCAUCCUCAAGUCAUACCCCAGAAUCGCCCCUCACCCUGCAGACGUGCCCACUAAGAGGGUGGGAUCCUCUAGGGUGAGGGCACAUUCAACAUCUGGAUAUGACCAGCGGCAGAGGAGGCACCACCACAGCCACAGGCUCGCCAGUGCCUCCAGCCCACAGCCAGCUCUGCAUACUCCAACAGUCAAACCCAUCUCCAACAAUGAAGCAGAAAACAACCAGGCAGAGGCAGCCAAGAGUCACGAACAGCUCAGAACCAGAGAGCUUGCUCCACUAGCAGGAAUCAUCUCCCUGCCCUCCUGCACAGAUGGACUCAGGACAGAAGUGGACAGUGACAGGACCAGUGCUGACAAAUACCAGGACACCCUCUCAGUGGACAGCAACAAACUUAAACGUUUCAGCAAUACCUACAAUAUUCUCAACAAGUCUGGCUUGCUGGGGAUCACCAUGCGCACAAAGCAGCUGAUCAAGGAGAAUAAGCGCACCCAGGGCCAGCUGCAGCAGCUUCAGGAGCAAACGGCUCUGCUGCUGGAGGCUCUGAGCAGCAGAGAUCCACAGCUCUGGACUAAACUCCAGCUCUCCCUGCAGGACAUGGACAAGGAGCAGUGGGGGGGUAAAGCUCAGAGAGUCCUGGCAUAAUGUGUUUGUGCACUUGACCAGCAGUUCUCAAUCAGAAGGACAGGAGAUGAUUUACUGAAUGUGAAAAAAUAUAUCUCAAAUCUUUACAAAAAAGCUUUCUUUUAGUGAAAUAGUCAACACAGCAUCUAGCAUUAUAACCACACAAACAGUAACUCAACUAAACCGGAAAGCUUUCAUGCUUUUGUCAGGAGGUUGUCAGAACAAAUCAUCUAGCGGAUAAUGGAGACAAAAUCAUUCAGAACUGCUGGUCUAAGCUCCAAACAUGAAGCUGCAUCACAUCUACUAUAACCAAGUGGGAGUUAGGAAGCAUGCUUUCAUUUCAAACCCUUGCCUAUAAUACAUUUUCUUGCCUCUGCUUGUUCAGAAUAGCAAGUAUCACUUGCAAAUAGGGCUAUGGCCUUCUAUAUGUCCAACUCCUAAUUGCUUAAACGCAUGCCUUACAGCACAUGUGAGGACACAUGGGGGUAAUUCCUUGUACAUGCCUUGAAUGUUAUAUCUGUAGAGAAAGUAAAAGCAAAAUUUUUACUUUUUAGAUCAAAUAGAAAACCCGGUAUGGAUACAUAUGGCCUGCUUUUCAAUUUUCUCUUUCCUGAGAUGCAUCUUGAAUCAUUGAGUUUUUUUCACUUUUUACUUUGUUUUUACAUUGUAUAGUAAAUGAAACAGAAAGAGGAGUUGUCCUUUGUCAGGGAGUGUGUAUAACAGCUGGAUUGCUCACAGAGGUCAGAGGGCUUGCUAAACCAUAACAUUUUUAUUUAAGUAUAAUUUUACUGGUUGGUGUCAGGAUUAUUUAUUUUUAAUAUUGUUUUUGACCAAUACUAAAGCUGUGUGAAUAAUAUAAAGAAACCAAGCACAUUAAAGACGAGUUUACCAGUUUGCUAAAGUAAAGCAAGCUAAUUUUUUCAAAACACGCCUUUAAGAUGUAUUUGAAUUUGCGAAAACGUCAAUUGUAGCAAGUGAAAUGCUGUAGCCAUGUAAUUGUCUUGACUUUGCAUAUGUUGCUGCCAUGCUUAUUCCUCCUGUAGUCUUAGGCUUAAUAUGAUGUAGUAUUAGCUGAAACUUUAAGACAGAGAAAUGACAGCUAAAUAUUUUCAGUUAGUUUCCUCUUACAGACUCUUGCACUUUAGUUACAAGAUUACUGACAACAUUUUUAGACAAAUGUUAUGACAUGUUUCUCUAAAUGAGCAUUCUGUCUGGAUGAGAUAAUGUGAAUAUAAAUGUUUAACUGGAAGCCUGUGCCUUUCCAAUACGUUUAUGUUUGUACUUCAUAUCAAUGCUUGAGCAGCUUAGAUCUCUGUGCUUCUUUCUUAGCAUCAUGUGGAAGAAAGUUGAAUGUACCUGAAGGACUCCAAAGGGUUAACAUUUUUCUUUGAAAACUUAAAACAAACCAUAGCUCUGGUGAGAUAAUACAUUCAGAGUUGCAAAGAUAAAGAUAAUCAUAAAGACAAAUUAAUUAGUUUGGUUUUAAGUUUUAAGUCCGGUUUAGCUGUUGUGUUAUUUAUUUUAGCAACAAAACACUGCUGUUGCAAUAUUUUCUAAUCACAAGUAGUUGUACAACCAAGAAAUAAUCAAAUCAGGUUGGGGGAAGGUUACAAAAAUGAUUUUAAAUGACUUUUCAGAGAUUUCCUGUUAUUGUGAAAUGUGCUUUCUAUAUCUUUUUCUUUAGCAAAAGUCACUUUGACCAUUAACAAACUGUCAUAAAACUUUGUCUGAAGACCA